UAACCGUGUUCGUCUUCUUAAACUCGUGAAAAUGACUGGUCGUGGUAAGGGAGGAAAAGGAUUGGGUAAAGGAGGAGCCAAGCGCCAUCGUAAGGUUCUUCGUGACAACAUCCAGGGUAUAACUAAACCAGCGAUCCGUCGUCUGGCUCGUCGUGGUGGAGUCAAGCGUAUCUCUGGUCUGAUCUACGAAGAGACCCGUGGAGUUCUCAAGGUCUUCCUUGAAAAUGUGAUCCGUGACGCUGUCACCUACACCGAGCACGCCAAGCGUAAGACCGUCACUGCUAUGGACGUGGUCUACGCUCUGAAACGUCAAGGCCGUACUCUUUACGGUUUUGGAGGUUAAUUUUAUCAUUCGACUCAGCAAAUAUCAAUUAAACCAAACGGCCCUUUUCAGGGCCACCAAAUUUUUCACACGUAAAAAAUGAAUCAAGUUAUUAAAUUUUCAAUCCCAUUGUAAUUCUAAGUUAACAGUAACUAAAUAAUAAUUCUUCGAUUUCUCCAAUACUUGCAUUUCGACCUAACU